AUGUCGAUGGUCGACACAUUGAUUGACAGCGCAGCACACAAUAAGAUCUUGUCAUUCAUGGAUGGCAAUGCAGGAUAUAACCAAAUCCUGGUUGCUGAAGCAGAUAUUCAUAAAACAACAUUCAGAUGUCCAGGAGCAGUAGGAGCCUACGAAUACGUUGUUAUGCCCUUCAGACUAAAGAAUGCAGGCACUACGUACCAAAGUGAGAUGAAUGCUAUAUUUCAUGAUAUGAUCGGGCCUACUCUAGAAGUAUAUAUUGACGACGUGGUCAUCAAAUCUCAAGAACAACAGACGCAUAUCGAAGACCGGCGCAAGGCUUUCAUCAGAAUGUGCCAGCAUCAAUUAAAAAUGAACUCGAAAAAAUGUGUCUUCGACCCUCCAGUACCUUGCAACAAAAAGGAGCUACAAAGCCUCCAUGGAAAGAUUAACUUCCUAAGGAGAGUAAUAGCCAAUUCGGCAGGAAAAUUGCAACCGUUCUCCUCCUUACUGAAGAUAAAAGAAGGAGACCCAUUUGCAUGGGCCCCGAUUCAGCAAGAAGCGUUUGAUCAGAUAAAGCAGUAUUUGAGUAAGCCACCAAUUCUCAUUCCUCCAAGAAAGGGUAUACCAUUAAAAUUGUAUAUCUCGGCUUCAGAAAAUUCAAUUGGUAGUUUACUGGCCCAAGAUAAUAUAGAGGGCAAGGAAGAAGCUCAAGGCCAGGUUCAAAUAUCAGUCAAAACAGUACAAAUCAUACCGUGGAAAUUGUACUUUGACGAAUCUAAGACAGAAUCAGCCGCCGGAGCAGGCAUUGUCAUAGAAGAACCGUUCGGGACUAAGUAUGCUUACUCUUUUCAACUUGACUUUGAUAACACUAAUAACAUAGUCGAAUAUGAAGCUUUGAUUAUCGGCUUGGAAAUGGUACUGGAGGUUGGCGUAAAGCACUUGGAGGUGUUCAGAGACUCUCACUUGACGGUCCACAGAGGGAGUUCUGUUGAGAUGCCUCGAACUCCAAGAAUCGAUGCGCGUUAUAGGCGAAAUUCACAUGGGAACUUGUGGGGCACAUCAAUCUGGGAAAAGAUGUGCUGGCUUAUCAAAAGAUAUGGCCACUUCUGGCCAACCAUGGAGAAAGAUUGUAUUGAUUAUGCUAAAGGAUGUGAAGAUUGCCAGCGGACCGGCCCAAUUCAGCAUAUUCCAACAACCCAUUUAGAUCCAAUCAUAAAGCCUCAACCUUUCAGAGGUUGGGCUAUGGAUUUUGUGGUAAAAAUUGUACCAAGCUCCAGCAAUGAACAUACAUUCAUCAUUGUAGCCACUGACUAUUUCACAAAAUGGGUAGAGGCUAAAGCUUUGAAAUCCAUCACCUCAACUGCGGCGAAGUCUACUAACAAAGUCCUGAUCAACAUCAUCAAGAAAAUGGUUGAUAACAAUUCUAGAGAUUGGCAUGAAAGGUUAUCUAACGCUCUCUGGGCAAAUCGAACUUCCAAAAAGACUACUAUAGGCACGAAACCUUUCGCUCUCACAUACAGACAUGACGCGGUAUUACCAAUUGAGAUCAAUGUACAAUCCUUACGAAUCGAAAGACAGCCUGAAAUGGACGAAGAGGAAUAUACCAAGGCCAUGAUGAAGGAAUUAGAACAGCUCAGUUCGAUUCGGGCCAAGGCUCUGAAUCAUCUAAUGAUCGGAAAGCAAGUAGUGGCUCGGGCCUAUAACAGGCGAGUUCGAGGAAAAACUUUUGAAGAAGGGGAACUAGUUCGGCGAUCUAUCCUACCACUGGGAACCCAUGUAUCAGGAUUAGGUAAUUGGAGCCCUACCUGGGAAAGCCCUUUCAUGGUCAACAAGAUUCUAGGAAAAGGAGCCUACUUGCUACAAGAUAGAGAUGGAAUAGUGCACCAACAUCCGAUAAAUGGACAAUGGCUAAAAAAGUUCAUACCUUCUUUGUGGGAAUUGACAUGCUUGGAUUUAAGUAGCCCAUGA